AUGGCUCCUAUUGGCGUAGCAUUGAUUGGCGGUGGCCUGUUUGCCAAGCAGGCACACAUGCCUGCCAUUAUGAAAGCGGAUAACAUCGCUCUCAAGGCUAUUUACUCGCGCUCUCUCAAGUCUGCACAGGAGACGGCCGCCCUUAACACUCGCGCCGGUGCAAGCCCGGACCUCUACUCGGCCGACUCGGGAUCCGGAAAGUCUUUCAACGACGUCUUAGCCCGGGACGACAUUGAUGCCGUUAUAAUCGCCCUGCCCAUCCCGAGCCAGCCCGAGUACAUCGAGGCUGCCCUAGCUGCUGGCAAACAUGUCCUUGCCGAGAAGCCUCUCGCCCCUUCUGUUGCUGACGGUAAAAAGUUGAUUGACUACUACCGUGGACUGGGAGGCAAGACUACCUUUUCCAUUGCCGAAAACUUUAGAUACAAGCCUUCCUUCGAGUAUGCUGCGAAGGAGGCUGCAAAGCUCGGAGCCCUGCAGCAUUUUAGCGUGCGAGUCUUCUUUCUGCUGAGCAAGGACUCUCCAUGGUAUGGUACAGCAUGGCGUGCAAAACCCGAGUUUCAAGGCGGGUUUCUGCUCGAUGGUGGCGUGCACUUUGUUGCAGCGAUGAGGCAGCUUCUCAAAGAGCCUGCAGCCGACGUGUCAGCUUUCACCUCGCAGGCGCAGCCACAUCUAGCACCCGUUGAUACGGUGAAUGCGGUAAUCCGGCUUAAGAGCGGUGUAAGCGGCACAUAUCAGCAGUCGUGUGGUACCAAGAUGAGCACAUCGGUAUUCCAGUUUGGCUAUGAGAAGGGUUCGGUCGUGGUUGACGGAGACAAGGUCACUGUAACGCCGUGGGAUGGCGAGCAGACCGUCAAGGAGUUCGAGAGGACGAGCGGUGUGGACCAGGAGAUUGAGGCCUGGGCAAAUGCGUUGGUUGAGGGAAAGCCAGAUAAGAGGCAGAGCGUGGAGGAGGCAUUGGCUGAUCUCGAACUAUUGGAGAUGAUGUUUAAGAGCGGAUCUGAUGGAGGUGCAGCCAAGAAGUAUCAGCAUCAGUUUUAA